AUGCUAGACAGCACAGAAAAAUGCUUUAUCAUUUAUCCUAUCUAUAUUAAUUCAAGUGUGUCACUUGGCAGAGGAAGAAAGUAUUCACUCAAAAACUCUGUUUCCAAGCCUACUUUUAAGGAAAUUAAACAUGCGCUUGAUUCUCUGGGAGUCAAGUAUGAAGAAGAACCGGAAAAGAUGCAUCCAAAAGAGGGCAAAGAGAAAGGAAGGUUCAGAAUAGAUAAAGCCCACACGAGAAAGUAUAUUGUAGACAAUCUUGCGCCAAAAAUUAGCGAGUUAAGAGCACAGGCUGAUGCAAGAACUAAAAGUGGAAGUAAUCUGCUGAACUUAGUUCCAAAAUCAAGAAAAAAAUCGAAGAAGGCAAGCUAG